GCAUCGAACGCUCAAGAAGCAUCGUAUAUGUGGAAGAUACGAAAUAUUCUUCCGAUUGUGGCUUUACCAGAUGGGUUUUUGUGUGAACACGAUGUAACACUGCCCUUGCAACAUUACUAUGAAAUAGUUGAGGUUUUGAGAGAACGAUUGAAGGGUUUAGCAACUCGUGUGAUUGGUUUUGGACAUAUGGCUGAAGGUGAUAUGCACAUCAAUAUUUCGGCAAAGAAGUAUUCACCUGAAUUCAUGGCCAAGAUUUAUCCAUUUUUAUGUGAAUGGACUGUGGAACAUGGUGGAAGCAUCAGUGCAGAACAUGGCAUUGGACAGCAACGAAGACUGUAUGCUAAAAUUGGCAAAGGUCUCGAAGUGGAUAUCGCAAAAGAGUUGAAGAAAAAAUUUGACCCUAAAUGUAUUCUGUCGCCGUAUAAAAUGAUUGAUGUACUAUAG